AGCAAUGGAACCAAACAAAAAUAAAAAUAUAUCUUUGCUGGUUUUAGCCGAUUUUACCAGCGAGCUAUUAUGUAGCAUGUGAUUGUUGUCUGUACGUUACUUUAUUUUAUAGGCAUCUAACUGAACAUUAUUUAUGGUUAAAACUUAUCGGAUUUAGAAUUAUCUACUAAAAUUUUGAUAUUCUAGUUUUCAUAUACCUAAUAUCUCUGUAAACUUUUUCAUUUACCUAAUCAACACGUUCCCUAAUUGCUUCUUAGCGUCUCCACCCUCCACCAUAGAGAAACAUCAUUAGCUAGUAUAUUCUUAUGUAUCGUAUCAUUGGACUUGUAACCCAAGUAAUGAAACAAGACUUGUUUAUUAGCCUUAAUGGAAGACGCGUCAUCAGUUACGUCAUCAUCACUUGCCCCAUUAAAACAUUUAAUACUAAACUAAUCAGUCUUCUUAGAGCAUCAUUAUCGGGCUUCUUAGCCCGAUUCUUAUAAUUAAGUUGGGCCAAAUUUAAAUCAAAAAAAUGAAUUAAUAAGUGGGAUCGAUUUUUGCGUAAGAAGUUUUUGGUGGUGGUGCUUGUGUCACGUGGCGAAUGGUGAUAGGAGGUACGAAGCGGUAGAGAGAAGAGGUCAUUUGGUCUCGACCCAUUCUCUGCGUCUCCCUCUUCUCUCUCUCUCUCUCUCUCCGUCGAAGGCGAUUACAGGAGGAGUGACGCCGCGUCGCGAACCAGACGGAUUCACCGUUCAAUCUAAAGAUCUACCGGCGCAUCGAAUCUCCACCAGGUUCGUGUUCCUUCUCUGGUUUUAUUUUUCGAUUAUCGGGUUGUUUUGUGGAUCUAAUUUUUUUUUUGGUUCGAUUUCCUUUUGCAUGCGUGGUAUUUGAUCUGGGUUUGCAUCGUCUCACUAUUCUCUCUCUCUCGCCGGUAGUUUUCGGCCUCCGUCGUCUAUUCUCACCGAUUCCAGAAGGAUCUCGCCGUCGUCUUCCGAAUCAAACGAUACCAGGUUUACUUAAAAUGGGGAGAUAUAGUUACAGCCAGCCUUCGUGUUCCUCAGGUUAUGGUGGGGAGAACUCUAGUAAUAAUGCUUCUAAGUUCAGCGAGACUGAAGACCUCAUUCGCCUUGACCAAGAAGAGUUGAACUUGAGAUAUGGUGACACGGCACCGUACCCUCAGCAGUACCCUCCACAACCGGAGGUGGAGUUUGGAUUCCCCCAAGUUUGCUACUGUGGUGGUGCACCGCAGAUGGCUACAUCAUACACAAGGCUUGAUCCAGGGAGGAGAUACUAUACCUGCGCGCAUGUGGAUGAUGGAGAAUGCCAUGUGCAUAAGUGGUGGGACGUCGCAGUGAUGGAGGAGAUGAGGGAGAGGGAUAAACACGUACUACAAUUGGAGGAAAAGGUAGACUGUCUGAACCUUAUGAGUGACUAUGAUUCAGAUGAGAGGGUGCGUAGGCUAGAGCAGUUAGUUUGUGACUUGGCUAAGAAGAAAUCUGGUUUUAUAAAUGGCUUUGAGUUAUGCAUUGGAGGAAUUGUCGUCGUUUUAGUUCUAAUGGGUGUGCUGAUCGCAUUUAAGUGAUUCUCGGUGCUUGGCGAAGAAGUAAUCUAGUUGUUUGUGGUUAUAUUGUUUUCGUUUGAAUGAUGUAUGCAAAAAUGACUUAUGUAGUGUAAUAACUUAUGUAUGGUAAAUGGCUUUGACUUAUGUGAUGUAAUAACUUGUGAUGAUCAUAUGUAUAACUUGAAUUCAUUUUUAAAAUGUACCAUACUGUGCUAAACGUAAUGUUUUUUAUAAACAAAACAAAAUUCAAAAAACAUAAGAAAAUUCAAAUGGGAUCCGUGACGGUAGAAAACAAAAACAAAACCAACUGCACUGGUUGGUCCGUGAAGCUGAAAACAAGACACACAACAUACACUUAUCAAUGCUCGUGAAUAACAUUCAGAUGUGUAAGAGAACAAGACACAUAUCAAUGCUCGUGAAUAACAUUCACAAGAUACACUUAUUUGAUCCUAUAAAUAUGAUAGAUCGUUGGAAAUUUCCAGACAUCCCUUUUCUUAUCAAAAUCUUCCCCUCUUUCAACAACAUUAAAUUUUUUUUAAAAAAUUCUUAUGGCAUCUUCUUCUCAUUAUCACUACCACAAUGAUGAUGAUGAUAAUGAAAUUGAUUCUUUAGUUGAAGAUUUUGUUGGAAACUUUGAUGAUAUUGAAGAACCAAAAAAGCGAAAGAAACGUAUUUAUAUGGAGAGGUUCCGAGAAGACGGCCACCAGAAGCUCUGGAAUGAUUACUUUAGCGAGACUCCAACUUACAAUCCCGAGUUAUUCCGCCGACGGUUCCGAAUGAACAAAUCUUUGUUCCUGCGUAUUGUACAACGUCUCGAAACCAACAUACCGUAUUUUCAACAAGGAACCGAUUGUACCGGACGGUCUAGUCUUACUCCCCUACAAAAAUGUACCGCAGCAAUCCGACAGUUAGCAUAUGGCGGUGCAGCUGAUUCACUUGAUGAGUAUGUCCGACUUGCUGAAACGACAGCUCGGAAAUCUUUGCACAAAUUUACCGCCGGAAUAAUCAGCUUGUUUGGUGAUGAAUACCUACGCCAACCGACACAAGAGGAUCUGCAAAGACUUCUCUAUAUUGGAGACCAACGUGGGUUUCCGGGGAUGAUUGGCAGCAUCGACUGUAUGCAUUGGGAGUGGAAGAAUUGCCCCACUGCUUGGAAAGGAAUGUAUUCCCGAGGAACCGAAAAACCAACAAUUGUUUUGGAGGCGGUAGCUUCAAGUGACCUCUGGAUAUGGCACGCGUUUUUUGGAGCUCCAGGUACUAUGAACGAUCUUAAUAUUCUUGAUCGAUCCCCCGUUUUUGAUGACAUUAUUAACGGAAUUGCGCCAGAAGUGAACUUCUAUGUUAAUGGUAAUCAAUAUCAUUUGGCAUAUUAUCUCACUGAUGGUAUUUAUCCUAAAUGGGCGACUUUUAUUCAAUCUAUCCGACUUCCACAAAGUGAGAAACAUUCUUUAUUUGCUAAAACCCAAGAAGCUGUUCGAAAAGAUGUCGAGCGUGCCUUCGGAGUUCUGCAAGCUAGAUUUGCCGUAGUGAAAAAUCCAUCCAAGUUAUGGGAUAAAGACAAAAUAGCAAAUAUUAUGAAGGCAUGCAUCAUACUCCAUAAUAUGAUUGUCGAGGAUGAACGAUCAUCAUACACUCAGUAUAACGUGAGAGAAUUUCAAGAAAGCGAGGAAGAUGAUACAUUCACCGUUACUCCGAAUUCAAAUCUCGGCACUGCAAUGGAUCGACGAUCGAGCGUCCGUAACAGACAAGCCCAUGAACAAUUAAAAUUCGAUUUAAUCGAACAUAUUUGGGCUAAAUUUCGACAUAUUCCAAAUAACCAAUGAUUUUAAAGUUUCUAUGAAUUGAAUAAAUGUGUGUUUUAUGAAUUUUUUUUUUUAUGUAUGGAAUGUAAUAAAAUGUUUGUAAUUUUAAUUAAAUGAAAAUUUUAUCUCUUUUUAAUGUAUUGAAUAUAAAUGGAUAUAUCUUAAUUACUACUUAUUAAUAAAAAAAUGAUUUUAUACCUAAGAACCUUCGAAAAGUUCCAUUGAUAAUGUUGUAUUUUACUUAAGUAUCUUAGAAAACUUCUUAGCCUAAAAAUACUAAUUAAAUAUUCUAAGAUGUUUGAUAAGAGUUGGCAUUGAUAAUGAUGCUCUUA